CCAACAGCCCAUGUGAUGUCUGUGGGAAAUGUCUGUCCUGUGCCGUUUGGCCCCAUCUUUCAUGAUAGAGGCUUGCUCAGAUGUCUGCAGCCCUUUUGUGUCCACCCACUUUGGAAAGCACGUUGCUCAAAAGCCGACCAGGGCCCUAUGUGAGUGGGGGCUUUGUGGCCUCUGUGGACAGACACCCAUUUGCUUAUUGUGGGGGCACCCCUGAUGCCCAUGCCUUUAGAUCUCUUCUCCUCAGCUUGGAGAGGGGCCUCUUUCAGUUUCCUCAGAGGUAGUUCUCUGGUAGCUGCUGGGGACAUUGGUGUGAUGCACAUGGCAGCUUGCAGUGGAUCCACUGUUUUCAGUCUGGGACCAAAGGCUGGGCUGUGCCUCCUUACGAGGUCCAGAGACCUGUCCCCAUUUCCAGAAAAGAAGCCCUAGCAUUCACCUGGCCGGUGAGUCAGGGAAAGGACCCAGGGCCUGGCUGUUCCCUAGACUUCCAGUGGAUCCUCUUGUCUUGGAUCUUCCCUUUCCCUUUUCCAGAGGUAAAUGAUGGUUUUAAUUCCUGGGGCUUUCUGGACUUCUAUUGAGGAUAUCAGGCUUCAGCUUCCCUUUCUGGCUUAGCCUUCAGCUCUUUUGCAUUUGCAAAGUUAGUUACCCUUUGUCUACCAGCUUUUAUGCCUUUUAAAAGAUUCUUCCUGUUGUCCUAGCAAAACAAAAUGUGUGUCUGGUCAGCCGUUAGACACAGACCUGGCUUUUCUGGUUUCCUUGGCCACCAUUGGAUCGUCUCUCCCCUGCUCUUGCCACUUCCAGGAGCAGUGGAGACCCCUGGCAUAUUUUAAUAGAAGGGAGUGUGGUGGGAAGCCCUUUGUCCUGAGCAACCUGUUGUUCUAGCCUGGGAGACUGCAGGGUGGGUGUGAUGUUCAGGCAAAGGAGUUCGCCGUCCAAGCUGGGAGCAGCAGGGCAGGGAGGCCCAGGAACACCCGAGCCACCCAGCCACUUUUUCGGGGCUGACUGCAGAGGUGGGUGGAGUCACCUUGUCAGAACCGCAGAAAAAUCUCGAGUCUGUAAGGAACACAGGAUUCUCCCUGUCAGUAACUUGCUCUGGAUUUUGGGCGAGUUACCUAAUCUCUCUGCAUUUUGAUUUCUUCCUGAAUCGCAGGGCUGGAUUCUGUGCUUCCAUCUCCCUUUUUGUACCUGUGAUGUUGACUCUGCUACAUUUCCACCGAGGAGGUGCCUAGUUAAAGGGAAAAACUGUGACGCAUUUGGCGAUGGGUAUGCUGCCUCUCCCGGAGCAGGCCAGGCUGUUUGUAGUCCGCCCAGACUUGGAGAAAAGCGUGUUACCCUUUGUUUUGCGUUGAACGCUCUGCUCUUGGUUGCUCUCAGAACCCGCCUCGACUCUGUUUUCCUUUGAUAUGAUUUAAAUAUUGGAAUUUCAUGGUGACGAGCACCUUGGAGCUUCUCCCUGGGGUGAAUAUGUGCGGUUUCUCUAGCCUCCUCCUCUGCCAUUAGGGGACCUGAGCUGGCCUUGGAGCACACUGGGUUUGGGUAGCUUCUCUGAACACUAUACUGCCACGGGCUUUUCUCAGCUCCCUGCCCCCUUUGUGGAUGUGAACGCAGUGUAGCGGCUCCGUUUCAGAAUCCAUUGUCCACUGUUGAGGGUUAGUGUUCUUACUGCCAGCUACAACUUCUGGCUUUUCCUACGUGUUCUCUGCUAGAGAGGAGUGUAAAAUCUGCUGCUUACUGGUUACUCUGCGGCCUUACAAAAAUAACUUAACUCCAAACCUUCUUUUUGCUUCCUUUGUUGCAGGCGUGUGUGUGUGUGUGUGUGUGUGUGUGUGUGUGUAUAAAGUGACUCACACUAGCACAUAGCAGAUGCUUGAUGUGUAGAUUUAUUAUUUUCCUCCCUAACUCUCAGUUUACAUGGAACCCUACUUUCUCCUUAACGUCCAGCAGCGUUAUGCCUGUGGCUCACAGAAAGAGCCUCUCCCUGCUGGUUGUACUUGCUCUGACAUUUUGGGGGGAGGCGUGUGAGACGAUAGCGAUCCUGGAAAACCAGAGCUGGCUGGCCCUGGCGGCCACACAGCCCUACACCCUCCCUUCCCCCCACCCCUGCAGGUGGGGAGAGCAGUGGUGCGGGCGGAUGUUCGACUUGCGGUGGGCCUGAGAUUCCCCCCAGCCCCGGGCUCUGUAUGUGGUUUAACGGGUAGACAUGGAGGACUUUCGGCAUCAUGAGAGUGGCCAGUGUGUGUGUCCUUGCCCGUCAGCGCGGAGGGGGCCUGUGGGGGAGGAGAGGAGGCGAUGGAGGGAACAAGGGGUUCUUCAGGGUUGCCAUGAGAACCAGGGAUCCGGGGAUUGGGCAGCAGAGGGCCCCCGCCGGGCCUUGGGGCGUGGCCGCGUCACAUGGGUUUGGUCCUGGGAUUCCUGUUGUGCACAAGGACCGGGCGCAGCGUCCCUCGUCCUCCGCUUCUCAGGAGUGCCCGGUCCCUUGGAGGCUGAGGAGUGUGGUCGGGGCAGCAGGCCGGCUCGGCUGCAGGGCCUCCGGGCACCUGCGCAGCGAUGGGGGUAUUUGAGGAGCCCGUCUGUCUCCUUAGUCUCUUCCUGCCACACUUGGAUGGAAAAUGAUGAAACUCGCCUAGGAAGGGAGGCUUUGGAGCUGACCACGAUGCUGAGCAGGAAAAGGCAGCCACAGACCCAGUGACCGGUAGCCGUGUCCUCACUUGGAUCCUCGGCGUGGAGCUAGGUGGCCACGUUGCCACACAGAGCCACAGGUGCCGCCGAGCAGUAGAUGUAAUUUGAAGAAGGCAGAGGACCCCAUGGCUUCAGCCGGCUGCCCCGAUUCCCUUUUGCACCAUCCGUACUACCAGGACAACGUGGAACAGACACCUCCCAGUCCACGGGACCUGACAGGACCUGAGUUCCCAGCACAGUCUGACCGAAUUUCAAGUCACCAAGAGGAUGACGUGGACCUGGAAGCCCUGAUGAAUGAUAUGAACACAUCCCUGGAGAGCCUGUACUCGACUUGCAGCAUGCAGUCAGACACAGUGCCCCUCCUGCAGAAUGGCCAGCACCCCCGCAGCCAGCCACGGGCCCCUGGCGCUCGGCCCGUGCAGCCGCAGCCGUCCCCGAGGCAGAGAGUGCAGCGCUCCCAGCCCGUGCACAUCACGGCCGUCAGGUAUUCACUGAACGGAACUGAUGAGGUAUUUGGAGCAAAUGCCAACUACCCAUCGUGGGCCAAACGCCUUCAGGAGGAAGACCAGCAGUUCAGAACCUCGUCGCUGCCGGCCAUCCCCAACCCCUUCCCUGAGCUCUGCGGCCCCGGCAGUGCGCCCGUGCUCCCGGCAGGCUCCUUACCUCCGAGCCAGGCCGCCGCCAAGCAGGAUGUUAAAGUCUUUAGUGAAGAUGGGACGAGCAAAGUGGUGGAGAUUCUCUCGGACAUGACAGCCAGGGACCUGUGCCAACUGCUGGUGUACAAAAGUCACUGCGUGGAUGACAACAGCUGGACGCUAGUGGAGCACCACCCGCACCUGGGACUAGAACGGUGCUUGGAAGACCACGAGCUGGUGGUGCAGGUCGAGAGCACCAUGGCUGGCGAGAGCAAGUUCUUAUUCAGGAAGAACUACGCCAAGUACGAGUUCUUCAAGAAUCCCGUGAAUUUCUUCCCAGAACAGAUGGUUACUUGGUGCCAGCAGUCAAACGGCAGUCAAGCUCAGCUUCUGCAGAAUUUUCUGAACUCCAGUAGCUGUCCUGAAAUUCAAGGGUUUUUGCAUGUGAAAGAGCUGGGAAAGAAAUCAUGGAAAAAGCUGUAUGUGUGUUUGCGACGUUCAGGCCUUUAUUGCUCCACGAAGGGGACUUCAAAGGAACCCAGACACCUGCAGCUGCUGGCCGACCUGGAGGACAGCAACAUCUUCUCCCUGAUCUCUGGCAAAAAGCAGUACAGCGCGCCCACGGACCACGGGCUCUGCAUAAAGCCAAACAAAGUAAGGAAUGAAACUAAAGAGCUGAGGCUGCUCUGUGCGGAGGACGAGCAGACACGCACGUGCUGGAUGACGGCGUUCAGGCUCCUCAAGUAUGGAAUGCUCCUUUACCAGAACUACCGAAUCCCGCAGCAGAGGAAGGCCUUGCUGUCCCCGUUCUCCACGCCAGUGCGCAGUGUCUCUGAGAACUCCCUCGUGGCGAUGGACUUUUCUGGGCAAACAGGACGCGUGAUAGAGAAUCCGGCCGAAGCCCAGAGUGCCGCCCUGGAGGAGGGCCACGCCUGGAGGAAGCGAAGCACGCGGAUGAAUGCCCUAGGUAGCCAAAGCCCCCUCCACCCUUCUACCCUAAGUACAGUGAUCCACAGGACACAGCACUGGUUUCAUGGGAGGAUUUCCAGGGAGGAGUCCCACAGGAUCAUUAAGCAGCAAGGGCUCGUGGAUGGGCUUUUUCUCCUCCGUGACAGCCAGAGUAAUCCAAAGGCGUUUGUACUCACACUGUGUCAUCACCAGAAAAUUAAAAAUUUCCAGAUCUUACCUUGUGAGGAUGAUGGGCAGACAUUCUUCACCCUUGAUGAUGGAAACACCAAAUUCUCUGACCUGAUCCAGCUGGUCGACUUUUACCAGCUGAACAAAGGAGUCCUGCCUUGCAAACUCAAGCACCACUGCACCCGCGUGGCCUUAUGACCUCAGACGUGCCCUUGGCGAAGACUGGAGGAAGGCGACACUGGAAUGAAGAAGAGGUCUGUAUGUUGUUUAAGAAUUCACGUCUGUUCUGCACCUGGGACUCAGAGUGAGAGGGUUUGUUCGGUGCCAGCCGACCAAGAUUGACUAGUUUGUUGGACUUAACGACAAUUUGCUGCUGCGAAUCCAGCAGGAUAGCUCCCCCCCCUGCGUCGGCCAAAUCAGGAGGGCAUGCAAGAUCCAGCGCAAAUUUGAGAAUUAAACUGGAAUGACCAUCUUGGCUGGGCCACUUAUGAAGAAGAACCGGAAAGAAGUGAUUGGAAAUGAACUCUUGCCCUGGAUUAAUCUUGACAAUUAAAACUGAUAUGUUUACUUUUUUUGUAUUGAUCACUUUUUUGCACUCCUUUGUUUUCCAUCUUAUAUUCAGCCUAUGGUAGGAGGGGAUGUGGCUUUUCGACUCAUGUAGGACAUAAAGAGUUUCAAGUGGGCAGACAUGAGACUGCACGUGGGCCCCCGUGUGUCCGGAGGGUAGCCCACACCCUCAGCCCAUCACCAGUGUGGAUUCAGCUCCCAAAUUGCAAACCACCCAGCCCUUCCCAGUAUACUUGAAAAGCUUUUUUGUUAAAAUAAAAGGUGUCAACCGUGGUAGGCAUUUGGCAUGUUUUGUGGACUCAGUCAAGCGUCCACAGUCUGUUACUCACUUCUCUAUACUCAAAUGUCAGAUCCUCUUGUUACUAGUGCGUGUUGUUCUCCACAGUGCAGGAGACUCUAUUUCUGUGGGACAUUCAGUGUCCCCGCCCGGCGGGCUGAGGCCUCGCCUGCACAGUGCUGUGGGCCGCCUUCUCGAGACGCACCGGGCCCCAUCGCCUGCCGGCGGUAGAUGCCGCGAAGCCCACUGGGCACUCAGCCUUGCGUGUCCGGAGCCUGCAGCCUGCUCUAGCACGGCCCUCGUGCCCCUGCAGCCUGCUCUAGCACGGCCCUCGUGCCCCUGCAGCCUGCUCUAGCACGGCCCUCGUGCCCCUGCUGUGGUGGCGCGAGUCGCUCCGUGGUCACGUCCCUCGAGAUGAAAGGAUCUAAAGAGAAGAGGGCACCUUGUUGGCUUCCUGCUGCAUCCCGUGGGUUUCCAUGGUGAUAAAGACACGGAAACUCCGCAGAGGGCACAGGCACAGGCUGACGCUUACGGAGCUGUGCCCGAGGAGCUCCGUCCUGCUGACAAGCCCAGGCCAGCGCGCGCGCAGCCCGAGGCUUCUCCGCUGGCUUGGGGUCCGAAGUACCUCACGGUGGCUGUGGACAUUGAAGCGUCUUAUCAACACCACGCUCGCUCCCCGCUCUGGGAGAGAGUGAGCGGUGGCUCGAGUUGCCACCUGGUCCCCUCCGCCCCCGGGCGGCACCCUUUGCCACGUCCCCUUAGCUGAGUUGUCAGGCGUGCAAGUGGCGUUUCCUUACCAUUGACCCCUGCAAAGCAGAAGGGACUCCCUUGAAAGACACAGACUACUGUGGUGAGCAGAGCAUGUCCUCUCCGAGACGACACCUGGCCGGCUCCUCUGUGCUGGCCGCUGGCCUGCCCGCGAGCCGCUGCGGCUCCCUGAGGAGCUGCCGCCGGGGCCGCGCCUGCCUCGGGCGGCCGGGAGCCCGCGAGCGCCGGCGGGGUCUGUCGCCGUGCGGCGCUGCGUUGUAGUCGCAGGCCGCACUCUAGUUGUUGUCCGUGAAACGUCCGCUUGUGCAAGUGAAGAGUUUCCUAGCAAAACGUGUUCUUAGCCGUAAGUGCGCAUUGCAUUUCCUUCCUUUCGCAGCCAGUUAGCCUCGCGAGCAGUCGACAGUGCGGUGAUUCCCAAGCUCAUGCCCGGCGGCGCGACCCCGCCGCCUUCACUGUAGGGACAGAUGCUUCAGUUAGGCCGUGACGCUUUCCUCCCUUCACUGGUUUGAGGUAAAACCUUUACAGGAAAACAGCUCUAGGACUUCUCUCUUGUGUUUAUGUAGACCAGUGCCAUCAGUGCUAACCCGCCGCGCCUCGCCAGUAGACAGCUCGUAUCUGCAGUGUUCCGUAUUUAUAAAUAUGCGUUUAUUUAAAGGAGAACAAAAGCUUGACUCUGAUUCGCAGUUUUGUAUGUAGCUGGUUUGACAUAGUCUUUUGUACUUCCCCAGCGAAGCGAAUUGUUGGAGAAUGUAAGCCGCCCUGCGCGGUGUAGACUUCUAAGGCUCCCGGCCCCAGCCUCGAGCCGGGCGCUGGCAAUUUCACCUGAAAACGAGAAGUCCCGCAAACCAGGGACGGACGGACAGUGACUUUUAUUUUUGUAUUUAAUUGCCAUGAAUGUAAAGGGGACAGCUCAGGGUUGUUUUGGAGCCUGUUGACUAUGUAUCUCUGCCUGUGACUUUCCUUUCUAAAUGAAAACUCCGUGUAGCAGCCAGGACAAAGCUGAGAAGGAAAACGCCAGAUGCUUUGGUUAUUAGAGUUUAAUAGGUGAGCUCUGUUACAUUAGGGUUAGAGUUCCAGAACACUUUUUUGUUGUUGUUGUUUGCUAAACCUUGAAGAAACAUGUGCCUCAGCCUAGAUGUUUGUCUUCUCUGCACUUAAUACCUGACAGUGUGACCGCCUUUCCAGGGGCGGGCUAGCUAGUGACAGAUGUGUGAUGUCACUGUGUAAGCCGCAGUGACCAUGCAUGGCCUGGCGUGGAAGCGUGUUCAGGGAGUGCGGACGGUAUUAAGAGACAAAACCUUUAUUCCACGUGCUUUGCUUCAUUCUGUACAUAGCUCCUUGGCUCGUGAACCUAAUUGUAAACUUUCAGGUAUUUUUGUACAAAUAAGGGACUGAUGUUCUGUUUCUUGUAAUUAGAAAUAAACAUGAAUACUGUGUUCUUCA